UUUCCGACCACGUUGUCUUGCUCCUCUCUCCUGCCCCCUUCUCCCGUUCUCCGCUCUCGCCAAGGGAGGCGAAGGCGAUAACCACCGACAUGCUCCCCCACAUGCCCUAGCGAUCUGUUCCCAUUUGCAGGCCCAAUCCAAUCCGCAAGCGAUCACCAAACCUAGCCGUGUAGAUUUCCACCCUCACAUGGAGGAAAAAUCCAACAUUCGCAUGUGACCUCUCCUUAAAAUCCCCCGCAAGAAUCAACCAAAUCAAUAUCAAAGGGGAGGGAAGAACAGAGCAAUCCCGUUGCUUCGCGUCCUCGCCUUCCCGUUGGCGUUUCUUCUCCGUUCUUCGGCCUGCCCGGCCGCAUAAACCUCCGCUAAAGCUCCUCUGUCGCGCCCAAUUCGUCAGCCAAGGAUCCCCAAAGGCGAGUGGCACCCACGCCAAGAUCCAAUCCUUCGAGUUAUUCGGUUUCAAUCCGUGUAGAUUUCUCGGAGGGUACCCAGAAUUGGAAAAGGUUUUCAUUUCUGAUCGGUCGCCGGCGCGGAUUCGCCUCGCGGCCACGAAGGGCAGGCCCUCCGUACGGUUACGUUCUUGAUCCGGGGAGGAACCACCGCCUGUGAAAGACAAUGCAGCCGGACCCGCAAGGUCCGGGCAGGGGGAAGGCGGGUGGCGCCAAUGCGCACGCGCGGCUGCCGCCGCCGGUGAUGACGGGGUCGGCGGGGCGGCCGGCAUCGGUGUUGCCGCACAAGACGGCCAACGUGCGCGACCACUACCGCAUCGGGAAGAAGCUGGGUCAGGGGCAGUUCGGCACCACGUACCAGUGCGUGGGCAAGGCGGACGGCGCCGAGUACGCCUGCAAGUCCAUCCCCAAGCGCAAGCUGCUGUGCCGCGAGGACUACGAGGACGUAUGGCGCGAGAUCCAGAUCAUGCACCACCUCUCCGAGCACCCCAACGUCGUCCGCAUCCGCGGGGCCUACGAGGACGCGCUCUUCGUGCACCUCGUCAUGGAACUCUGCGCCGGCGGCGAGCUCUUCGACCGCAUCGUCGCCAAGGGGCACUACAGCGAGCGCGCCGCCGCGCAGCUCAUCAGAACCAUCGUCGGGGUGGUGGAGGGAUGCCACUCGCUCGGCGUCAUGCACCGGGACCUCAAGCCGGAGAACUUCCUCUUUGCGAGCACCGCUGAGGAUGCCCCGCUCAAGGCCACUGACUUUGGGCUAUCCGUGUUCUACAAGCCCGGUGAUAAAUUUUCCGACGUUGUUGGUAGCCCUUAUUAUGUUGCCCCUGAGGUGCUUCAGAAAUGCUAUGGCCCAGAAGCUGAUGUCUGGAGUGCUGGAGUGAUUCUGUAUAUUUUGCUAUGUGGUGUACCCCCAUUCUGGGCAGAGAGUGAAUCUGGGAUCUUCAGGCAGAUUUUGAGAGGCAAACUUGACGUGGAAUCUGAACCGUGGCCAAGUAUCUCUGAUAGUGCUAAAGAUCUAGUCCGUAAGAUGCUUAUCCGGGAUCCUACGAAGAGAUUGACUGCUCAUGAGGUUCUAUGUCAUCCUUGGAUUGUUGAUGAUGCUGUUGCACCUGACAAGCCUAUUGAUUCUGCUGUUCUGUCAAGGCUGAAAAACUUCUCUGCAAUGAACAAGCUCAAGAAGAUGGCAUUGAGGGUGAUUGCUGAAAGCCUUUCUGAGGAGGAGAUCGGAGGCUUAAAGGAGUUGUUCAAAAUGAUCGAUACUGACAACAGUGGGACAAUAACUUAUGAUGAACUGAAGAACGGUCUAAAAAGGGUGGGGUCAGAUCUGAUGGAACCUGAAAUCCAGGCUUUAAUGGAUGCAGCUGAUAUUGAUAAUAGUGGAACCAUUGACUAUGGAGAGUUCUUAGCAGCUACAUUGCACAUGAAUAAACUAGAGAGGGAGGAAAGUUUGGUGUCAGCAUUUGCAUUCUUUGAUAAAGAUGGGAGUGGCUUCAUAACAAUUGAUGAGCUCUCACAAGCAUGCCAACAGUUUGGUCUUUCUGAUGUUCAUCUUGAGGAUAUGAUCAAAGAUGUGGACCAAAACAAUGAUGGACAAAUUGAUUAUAACGAGUUCGCUGCAAUGAUGAGAAAGGGCAAUGCUGGUGGAACUGGAAGGCGAACCAUGCGGAACAGCUUGCAUGUGGAUCUUGGUGAACUCUUGAAGCCUUCUGAGAACUAAUUGGUACCAGAGGAUUCUGCUUUCCAGAUGCUUCCUUCUGAAGUUCUGUGCGCCUCAUCAGCUUAUGCCAAUUGAGCACUUUGAUUUAUUGGCAAUGCCACCAAAAGCUGUUAAAUUUCUGUGGUGGUACAAGUAGUUAGUGGAAAGAGCAUACUAUGGUAUCCGUGUAACAAAGUUUAGGUGCCGGGAGAUGAUAUACUAUGCUACUUUGGAGUCCUGUUGUCUUGUCAUGAAUGUUGUUGAUAAUUUCAGGUUUGUACCAUGACUGACCUUUGUUGUCAGUGUACACCGCUGUUGUCCCAUAAGAUAGGCAUCUAGGUCUUUCCAUUUGAAUUACCAGUCCAUUUGUAAACAUGUUCUCUCGAACCAAUUUCUUAUUGAUGAUUUGUUGAAAAACAUUGUUUUUU